AUGAGGAAGGAGGUGGACUAUCUUGUGGAACAAGCUGUUCCCAGCUCCAGUUCAUGGAGCUCACCAUGUGUCCUGGACGGCAGUCCAAGUGGAAUACGUGACCAUCGUCGACACGCGACCUUCUGCUGGGCGUUCAGCUUCGCCUGCACCCUGCUGGUGCUGCUGGUGGAGCUGUUCGGCCUGCAGGCCCAGGCCCCCGUGUCCUGGACCAACUUCCCCAUCACCGUCGCCUGCUACGCCUGCCUCCUCUGCCUCUCCGCCUCCGUCAUCUUCCCGCUCUUUUUCCUCAAGGGCCAGAACUCCCCCGGCGAGGCCCGCGACCAUCGCAUCGCCGCCACCGUCUUCUCGUGCCUGGCGACGGUGGCCUAUAUGGGGGAGGUGAGCCUGACCAAAGCGAGGCCGGGGGAUGUGGCCGGUUACAUGGCCACGGCCCCGGGCCUGCUGAAGGUGUGCCAGACCUCUGUGGCGUGCAUCAUCUUCCUCCUGGUUUGCGACCCCGUGACCUACGACCGGCACGCGGCCCUCAAGUGGUGCAUGGCGGUGUACUGCAUCUGCUUCAUCCUCUCCGUGGCCGUGGUGGUGCUGUGCGUGGGCGAGUGCACCGGCCGCCUCCCCGUCCCAUUCUCAUGCACCUGA